AUGUCCAGUUUUGCCUCAGGUCCACCGGGUCCAACCGGUCCUCCAGGACCCCCUGGACCACAAGGACCUCGGGGAUUUCCUGGCCCUGAAGGAGCCUCAUCUUCGACGCUAAUGCAAAAUCAACAAGGAUUUGGUUACUCGGAAUUAGAUGCUUUCGUCCCACUAUCGGGGGACGAUUCAGCCUUUUGCAGAUGCAAAAGGGGGAUGCAAGGUGAACCUGGACCACCUGGAGCAAGAGGACCCAAAGGGGAACAAGGAGAUCGUGGUCCUAGAGGGCCUAAAGGAGAACGAGGAAACAUAGAUUUUGUUCUACUUCUUCUAGCAGAGCUGAGACAUGAUUUAGUCCACUUACAAAACAAGGUUUACAUCAACGGAGAAAAAUUANCUCUUCACGUUCCUAAAGCGCCGGGCUUUGCCUCAAUGUUAAAGGAAGGAGCUAGGUACUUUUCUGGAUUAGAAGAAGCUGUUUAUCGAAAUAUCAAUGCCUGUAAGGAAUUUGCACAGUCUGUGAGGACAGCCUAUGGCCCCAAUGGCAUGAAUAAGAUGGUUAUCAAUCACAUUGAGAAGCAGUUUGUUACCAGUGAUGCUGCCACUAUUAUAAGAGAGCUGGAUAUUGAACAUCCUGCAGCUAAACUAAUGAUUUUAGCCAGUGAAAUGCAAGAUUCAGAGGUAGGAGACGGUACAAACUUUGUAAUUAUACUUGCUGGAGCCCUGUUGGAAAGUGCUGAAGAGCUUCUCAGAUUGGGAAUAACUCCUACUGAAGUUGCAGAAGGAUAUGAAAAGGCCCUGGACAAAUGUCUUGAGAUCCUACCCAAACUUGUAUGUUACGAAAUUAAAGAUUAUCGUAAUGUCGAAGAGGUAAAGAAAGGCAUUAUAACAGCAAUUCAGUCAAAGCAAUAUAGAAAUGAACAGAUCCUUGCUGAUUUGGUAACCAAAGCAUGUGUUUCAAUCCUACCAGAACAGACCACCUUCAAUGUUGACAAUGUCAGGGUUUGUAAAAUAUUAGGAUCAACCCUAAGGAAUUCAGAAGUCGUUCAAGGAAUGGUUUUCAAGCGUCAGGUUGAGGGCGACGUCACCCAAGUAAAAGAUGCCAAAGUGGCAAUCUACAGCUGCCCAGUUGACGUCAUGCAAACUGAGACAAAGGGUACAGUUCUUAUUAAAACAGCAGCUGAACUGGUCAACUUCAGUCGUGGGGAAGAAAAUCUGCUUGAGAAGCAAAUCAAAGACAUUGCCGACACUGGGGCAAAAGUUAUUGUGUCUGGAGGCAAGUUUGGAGACAUGGCCCUUCAUUAUGUCAACAAGUAUGGAAUGAUGGCUGUUCGAUUGAACUCUAAAUUCGAUUUGAGAAGAUUAAGCAAAGCCGUAAAUGGUACCGUUCUGCCGAAGUUGUCACCCCCAACUGCGGAAGAGCUCGGUUUUUGCGACGUCGUAGCCGUAGAAGAGAUGGGAGACACACCCCUGGUCGUAUUUAAAUUGGAACAUAAGGACUCUCGCAUCUCCACUGUAGUCAUACGAGGGGCCACAGACAACUACAUGGACGAUAUCGAAAGGGCCGUAGACGAUGGCGUCAACACUUUCAAAGGCAUCGCAAGAGACGGACGUUUCGUACCAGGUGCAGGGGCUACAGAAAUGGAACUUGCAGUUCAGCUCGCCAAAUACGCCGACACAUUCUCAGGUUUGGAGCAGUACGCUGUCAGGAAGUUUGCCCACGCGCUGGAGAGCUUCUCGAAGAUCCUUGCCGACAAUAGCGGACUACAUUCGUCAGUUGUCGCUGACAAACUCCUGGAGGCUCACAGGGAGGGAAAGAAGAAUUAUGGGGUCGAUAUAGAGUCUCAAUCUUCAGUUUGUGAUGCACUAGAAAGGGGUAUUCUAGAUCUUUACGUGGGCAAGAUGUGGGGCUUGAAAUAUGCCGCGGGAGCAGCUGCCACAAUCUUGAGAGUCGACCAAAUAAUUAUGGCCAAGAGGGCCGGAGGACCGAAAGCGAGACAAGGGCCUCAAGACGAAGACGAUUAGAAAGUUAUUAUUUGUAGCUUGUUUUCCACUUUCGCAUUUUUUCGUAAUAUUCUUACCAACAUUAUUAUUAUAAUUAUUAAUUCGCCAUUAAUUAC